CGAGGAGCGGCAGGACGCACCCCCACGUUGAGGGAGCCGGAUGGGACACGGACACCCAGUGUCUGGGGUGGGCGGGACGUGGGAGCCCUCCCGGUCCUCCUGGGGCCCGUCUUCGGUCGGGUGAGGCGUCAGCGUAUGGGGCGCGCUGGCCGUGCUGACCUUUGCUCGCGGGGCAGGUGCGUCCUGUGGCGCUGGCAGGAGGGGCGCUCGGCACCCCUGGGACAGAGGCGGUCACGUCAGCGUGGCUUGUGCCUUUGGGGUUUGCACCCAUCGGGGGAGCGCAGACGUGCUCCAGGACAGAGCCCCUUUCCUCUCUGCCUGUUUGCCCCCUGCCCCCUCCCUCUCCCUGGACCCGCCGCCCUGGGAGGCCUGGGAGAGCCGGCGUGGAACAGUCCUCUGGGAGGGCCGGGUAUAGCCGGCCGGGGAGCGGUGGGCGCCCUCACUCCACACUGAGCGGGAACAGGUGUUUUCUGAGACCCGCCCUGCUAGGUGCCAGAGCUGUGCUUCCUGUGCACGUGAAGCUCCCCGUCUAGGCUGGUCUAACCGACCUAAGAGCCCCAUGAGACUCUAAACCCCCUUUUCUGCCACACCAUCUAGACCCAGGGCCAUUUGGCUGCGGCCAUUGCUGCCGUCAGCCACCUGGCUUUACCGGUGGAGAAAGCGUCCCCCCCGGGCCCCGAGCCUGGGUCCAGCCCCGCGAAGGCCGGAGCACAGUGGGGAUGACCCGGGGCCGUGAGUCGCCCCAGAUGAGCUGCGUCAGACGACGGGCGAGAGAUCCAGUUUCCAAGCCCUUCUGUUCGGGUGACUGUGCCCAGGUUAUGACGACUAAUCCCAAACCAAACAAGGCAUUAAAGGUCAAGAAGGAGGCGGGCGAGAACGCCCCGGUGCUCAGCGAUGACGAGCUGGUGUCCAUGUCGGUGCGGGAGCUGAACCAGCACCUGCGGGGCCUCACCAAGGAGGAGGUGGCCCGCCUGAAGCAGCGCCGGCGCACGCUCAAGAACCGCGGCUACGCGGCCAGCUGCCGCAUCAAGCGCGUGACGCAGAAGGAGGAGCUGGAGCGGCAGCGGGUGGAGCUGCAGCAGGAGGUGGAGAAGCUGGCGCGGGAGAACAGCAGCAUGAGGCUGGAGCUCGACGCGCUGCGCUCCAAGUACGAGGCCCUGCAGACCUUCGCCCGCACCGUGGCCCGCGGGCCCGUCGCCCCCACCAAGGUGGCCACCACCAGCGUCAUCACCAUCGUCAAGUCCGCCGACGUCUCCUCCGCCUCCGUGCCCUUCUCGGCCGCCUCCUAGUGGCCCGCCGCCGGGAGGGGGGCGGGCGGGGG